AUGCCUGGCAUGGGUGGUGAUCUCAGCCUAUCCCAAUCCCUGGGAGGGCUCCGAAUAGCAAAUCCGGACGAUUCGCCUCUCCCAUCGGAGGAAGCGACCCCGAACUCUGGCAUGACUCCAUCCGAUCCCGAGGGUGCGGCGUCAACACCUCCCCAGUUUCCCGAACCGAACGACGACCGUCCUACACCUUUUCCUCCUGCCCCCCUCGAGGCUCCUAUAUUGACUGAGAAUCGCUCUUCUUCCAUUCAGCCCUUCCCCGAGGUUCCUCAGUACCCCGCGGGUCAGUACCAGGCCUACUCGGCACUACCGCACUCAACACCUCCAAAUCCCAACCGCCCCCUGUCCUCCGUCUACACCAACGGCUCUGCGGCCGCCCUUCCUCGGGAUAAUUCGUAUCGGAUGCGAACCGAUUCUGGUGCCUCAUCAACCUCGACCUCCCAAUCUCGGAUACUCGCCCGUGACGGCAACUCAGCCUUGCAAGCCGGUGUCCCCGCGCGCGACAACUCUCACAGCGACCGUUCCUACCGAACAGCACAGAUUCCGUCCAAUGGGCCGCCUGUGAUGCGUCAAUCGUCUCGAGCACACGGCCGAAGUUCAGCAACGCCUCAGAUGUCACGCACACCGUACAAUAUGGAGAACGGGCCGGCGCCCAGCAGUGAGGAUUGGCAGGAUCGCGGUGCCGCGGUGUCUGUAAGACAAGAAGUCGAUGCCAAUGGAAAGACGGUCGCUCGCUAUAUCAAGAAAGGAGUCCGUGAUUUUUCAUUUGGAAACACCCUCGGAGAGGGCUCCUACAGUACCGUGGUAUUUGCGACGGACCGACAAACGUUGAAGGAAUACGCAAUCAAGAUCCUCGACAAGCGGCACAUCAUCAAGGAGAAGAAGGUCAAGUAUGUCAACAUCGAGAAAGACACUUUGAAUCGCUUGACCGAUCACCCCGGUAUUGUACGUCUAUACUACACCUUCCAGGAUGAGCGAUCGCUCUAUUUCGUGCUGGACCUGUGCAAAGGAGGAGAGCUUCUCGGGGUGCUCAAACGGAUGAGUACCUUUGAUGAAGAGUGUACUAGAUUUUACGGCGCCCAGAUUCUCGACACGAUAGACUAUAUGCACAAGCGUGGAGUUAUUCAUCGGGAUUUGAAGCCGGAGAAUGUCCUGCUUGACCAUCAGAUGCACGUCAAAAUCACCGAUUUCGGCACCGCCAAAAUCCUCAAGGUGCCACGACGACCAGACGAGAGCACGAGCAGCAUCCCGCCGAUCGACUCGACGGAUAUUCCUGAAGAAGAACGAGCGAGCUCUUUCGUAGGCACCGCGGAAUACGUCAGCCCUGAAUUGUUAACGGAUAAGAACGCCUGCAAAGCCAGCGAUCUGUGGGCAUUUGGCUGUAUCAUCUACCAGCUCCUAGCUGGCCGACCGCCCUUCAAAGCAGGCAAUGAGUACCAAACGUUCCAGAAGAUCGUUGCCCUGGACUAUGAAUUCCCAAUCGGAUUCCCCACUGUUGCUCGGGAUCUCGUCGAGCGUCUCCUUGUCCUGGAUCCUGCCCGACGCCUGCAGAUCGAGCACAUUAAGAAUCACGAAUUCUUCGAUGGUGUCUCUUGGGGAACGGAUAUGUGGAAGCAGAAGGCCCCUCGUUUGAAGGCCUAUGUGCCACCCGCGCGUGAACCUAUCAAAUUGAACGGCGGCGAAGGUGGUGAGAGCUUCCCUCCGACCAUCUCAACGGCUCCGUCAAAUGCACCAAAUGCAAAUGCCCGCGCCCUCCCUCGAGUAGUCACCGAGUUGCCUCCGCCUAGUCAGCUGGACAUCGAAUGGUCGCCCGUGCUGAGCAAGUCCAACGAGCGGAUCUUGAAAUUGGGAAAUCUCGUGGUGCUGUCCUCUCCGGCAUCUCACAGCCCAACAUCGAAGAACGGCAGCGGCGAGAUUGAAACCCCCAAGAAGUUCUCUCGUUUCUUCUCGAGCACAGCGACCAAAAAGCGACAGCGGCUUGUGAUGGUCACGUCAUCAGCACGUAUCAUCCUGGCUGCGGCUAGUGGCGAUGAGAAGAAGGCAAAAUUGGAAAUCUCUCUCCUCGCUCCAGGCACUCAUUAUCGGAGUACGACUGAUGCCAAAGGGCACUCAUCCUGGAUUGUGGAUACGAGAGAUAAACACUACGUCUUUGAGGACCCUAAACCUUCCUCGAGCAAUAUCGGAUCCACUGCAGUUUCAGCCCAAGAAUGGCUUGACGCACUGGACCGGGCUCGUGAGAUGGGCUUAAAUCACCAAGGCGGGUCCUAUUCCGCCGAUGAUGCAUUCCGCGAUCUUUCUUCUGGGUUCUCUAGUCACGCCAACACUCUUGAACGUAACUCAGAGCUACAGAAUGAGCAUAGCUCUCACCAACCGGGACGUCUCAUUAAACACCAAGCGACCGACUCGGAGUCGACCAAGGGGAAGAAGAGAUUCAGCAGACGUCACUCCAAAAAUGGUCUCGCUGCGGUUUUCUAA